GUGUAUAAAGGAAACCUCGAUAGUCGCCAUCAACCAUCGAUGUUUUCUCCACGUCUAUUUUCCAUCUAAUUGUAGUUUAAGCUGAAUAUUAAGCGAAAUGAUUGCUGUUGAUGAAACAAUUAGUAUAGACAUCAAAGGAAAUGAUACAUCCACUGACGACCUAAAGCUGCGCCCAAUAAAUUGCGAGUUAAAUCCUCUAACCCGCCCGGAUGCAUCAGCUUUAUUUACGCAAGGAGAUACAUGCGUUCUUUGUUCAAUGCUCGGCCCAGUGGAAGUGAGAUCCCAGAACCUUAACAUAGAAAAAGCCCACGUGGAAUGUAUUUACCGACCAAAAGCUGGCGUACCUACAAUAGAAGACAAAUUGAGGGAGAGUAUUAUUCGUGAUACUUGUGAAUCGGCACUGCUAACCACGUUGCACCCUCGUACAACCAUUUCAAUACAAAUACAAGAAUUGGAUAAUAGAUGUGGACUUGAAGCAUGUGCAAUAAACGGAGCAUGUCUGGCUUUGCUCAUUGGCGGGGUGCCCAUGAAAUUUACCAUUGCUGCAGUGCACUGUAUUGUAGACAAGGAUGACAAAGUUGUACUUGAUCCGGAUCAUUGUAAAGCUAUUGGCAAACGUGCUGCUUUUAUAUUUGUGUUUGAUAGUUUGGAAAAGCAUUUAGUAACAUGUAGUAAGCAACACUGA